CCUCUUUCGCCAAACUAAACGUUACAGCGGACACUAGCAGGCAACAUGGCUGAACAGACCCAAAAAGCCUUCCAGACGCAAGUCGGCAUCUUCCAAAACCCCAAGCUGGGCGGCAAGAAGAAGACGACCGUCAAGCGCUGGUACAAGGAAGUCGGUCUCGGCUUCAAGACCCCUCGCGAAGCCAUCGAGGGCCACUACAUCGACAAGAAGUGCCCCUUCACCUCCGACAAGGUCUCCAUCCGCGGUCGUAUCCUCUCCGGUGUCGUCAUCUCGGUCGGAAAGAUGGAACGCACCAUCGUCAUUCGUAGGGAGUACUUGCACUACAUCUCCAAGUACAACCGUUAUGAGAAGAGGCACAAGAACCUGGCUGCGCACAUGUCGCCCGCUUUCAUUGGUGUUGAGGUCGGUGAUGUUGUCACUGUUGGCCAGUGCAGGCCCUUGUCCAAGACCGUCCGCUUCAACGUCCUCCGUGUCCAGAAGAAGGUUAUCAAGGGUGCCAAGUCCUUCGCCAAGUUCUAGAUAGAGUGUUUCCACAACCCCCCAAAAAACUGUUGUACGGAACCUUCUUGAACGAAGUUGGAUUGGAUCUCUUCUUCCUAGGGACGUUGCCUUCUUUCUUGAUUUUUUUUGCUGUGUGGGGCUGUCGGCGUUGGAUGAAGGGCCGAGGGUAGAGGCAUUGGGGGAAUGUUACGGAUGGGUGUGGAGUGCCCGAUAAUGGGACGCAGCAGUUCUACGCAAGUCCUGCCUAUCCCUUCUCAGUAUGUUGGAGGAUGGGCUGGACGGGAAGAUGUUGCCGUGGGUUGCAUGCAUUGCACGCCACACUGUCCUCCGUGGUGGGACCUUCUUACACUGGACAUGACGAAAGGCUGGAUCAACGUAUAACCUAUAAAACUCCCAUGAGAACAAUGAAGUGGUAACACUGCCAAGGCAGGAGGG